AUGCUUUUUUCAUGGCUGCUCACAUCAAAUGGCUUCAGAGGGAAUUUCCAUCUGUAUUACUUACUGUGCUCUUUAUUGUAGAAGAAACAAAAGCCAAAAAUUUCAGCAUCACGGCGUUUAUACUUAAAGACCAAAAUUCUGAAGAAAGCUAGCACUUUCCUGGAAGAAGAGAAGAAUGAGAAAAAAGAUGAGAGAGAAAGAAUCCUCAGUGAAAGAGUGCCUCCUCUCACGCUGAGUGGCUUAUCGAUACAAGACAUACAGAAUUUGUGUAAAGAACUGCAUCGCAAAAUCGACAUUGCUGAUGAGGAUCGCUAUGAUGUUGGAGCUAAAGUUGCUAAAAAUGAAUUAGAGAUUGCAGAAUUGAACCACAAAAUCUUUGAGCUGAAGGGCAAAAUGAAGAGACCCAACCUGAAGAGAGUGAGAGUGUCUGCGGAAGCCAUGCUCGGAGCUCUGCUCGGCUCCAGACACAAAGAGUCCAUUGACUUCAAGGCCAACCUUAAGACAGUCAAGAAAGAAGAGGAGAAGAGAGAGGAGGUUACUGACUGGAGGAAGAACGUGGAUGCCAUGUCCGGUAUGGAAGGCAGAAAGAAGUUGUUUGCUGGACCAACAUCAUAAUAUAAUGGAAUGGAGAAAUCCAAAUAAAAUGAACUGGAAAUCAAUUUAUUAUUGCACCCAGUGUUAAUUUCUGCCUGUAAGUUCACUGUGACUAAAAUAGCUUCAGUGGAAACACAUAGAACACAUCUGUUUAUAAUAUUGUAUGAUUAUUAUAUUUUUAUUGUAUAAUAAUGAUUGUAUUACAGCAGUAUGUUGUUUAUAUGUGAUAUCACCCUAAUAAAGUGCUAAUUUCUAAAAGGUCA